AUGGAUCUCGCCGCUUGGCAAAACACCGCGCAACUCGCUGCGCGGUUCCGCACGCCAGCUCGCGGGCAGCUUGCGCCGGUCGGCGGCGCGCGCAUUCUGCGCGGCUCUUGCGGGUUGCGCAGAGCCUUUUCGCUCCGCGCGCCUGCGGGAACUUCCGCGAGGAGGGGCGCUGGAGCGCGCCCCAGCAGACGGUCAGCCUCGCGCACGCGCGCGGAAGCGGGGAGCGCAACGGAAACCGCGGAGGCGGAGGGGCAAACAAGCGACGCGUGGCGGGAGGCGGCGCGGGUGGGGGAGGAGAUUAAAGCGUGCUACGAGGUGGUGGAGCGCAUGGGGCGCGGGUUCGUGUACCUGGGGUCGUCGCGCGUGGCCGAGGACCACCCCUUCUUCCGCCAGUCAAUGGCGCUCAGCCGCGAGAUAGCGCAGCAGUUCAGCAGCACCACAUGGUCGGGCAUCGGGCCUGGCCUCAUGGAUGCUGUCGCCCUGGGCGCCGAGGCCGUCAACAGGCCAGUGGCGGGCUUUAAGAUAGUGUCAGAGGCGCGCCAAGCCCAGGCUGCCUUCGUACACCCGCGGCUGCCCCCCCACUCCUAUGUCACCUGCCA